UAUGCAAUACAAAUAAUGUAAAGAUGCACACUGUAAACUUCAAUAUACAAUACAAAUAAUAUGCAACACUUUAAACUUCAAUAUGCAAUACAUAUAAUAUGCAACACUUUGAACCUCAAUAUGCAAUACAAAUAAUGUAAAGAUGCACAGUUUAUGACAGUUUGUAGGUUAGCAUGCGAAGACUAGUUUGUAUGUGAUCUCACCCCUAUAUAUAUCAUGAAUUUGCAAUUAAACAUAUUGUCAUGAUGAACUAUAUAUUGCGGAUUCUUCGGUUUAUCUCUCCUAAUUUGGUGAUGUUUCUAAAUUUACUCUAGUAUGGUGCGAAUAUUGGAUAAAUUAACUUGAAGCAAUUUGCAUUGUGUAGAGAAUGUGCUAGUUUUAGUAAUUUGGAAUGCAUUAGUAAUUUGCAUUGUGUAGACAGUUUGCAUUAUGUAGGUUUUGUAUAAAUAAAUCUUUGUUAUUUGAUGUAUCCUAUUUACCUGGCAUUUUUUUUCACGCGAGAAAAACUCCAUAAUUUCUUCUGGAAUAUUUUUGUCUUUUACUUGAGACUCUCCUGUGACUCUUCUCUUUAUACAUCAUCUGAUAUGCUUUUCUCUUCAUAGUAUUUCCUUUUAAUUCAUCUGUUAUUUACUCGUUAUGAGCUUAUAGACAAUGAUAUUUAAAAGUAUUAUAACCCUAGUGACCCUGUGGUAUGAAUGUAUGAUAGGUACAGCUAAGAUUCCUAAGAAUCAUUUUUUUUACUUCAAACGCUUUAAUGCAUGUCUGGCUCUGUAUUUUGGAGAGGAGGGGCGAAAAGGCCUCCUACCCUAUUUUGAUUAAAGAAAUUGGAGGGUAGGGAAGGGGAGUGUUUGAGUUGUCCCUCCUCUUCCCUUCAUUUGCAAUCCUUCUAAUUUGGAGGGUUUUAGAGGAGACCUAAAUUUCACUGUGUUCCCCUUCCCUAUAACUAAACGGUCUAAACCAAAUAGGGUUACACAAAAGCACUUGCUCCCCUUCCACCCUCCCUUGAAGCAAACAUACCCUUAUGGUCCGUUUGGAACAUGAAAGGUGUCAGGGAAAGAAAACGAGAGAAAUUAAGGGGAAAUUUGAAAGGAAUAAAAGUGGGAAACAAAAAAAUAGUAUAAAACUUAAUAAUUCAAUUUGAAAUAUUUGUUCAAUUCAUUUUAUCUAAACAUUUAUGUUAAAUAAAGACUAGAAAAUCUCAAAUUAUGUAUGUUUUAUAAAUAAAUAAAAAUGAUUUCCCUGUGUGUGUUUCAUGGCAAAAACUUGACAUACAAAACUCAUUUUUCUUGAUAUUUUUAAUUCCCUUCCCUACCAUUUUCCGAGGUCGAAACGUAGUCUUGCUAGGAGUGAAACAUGAGCAUAGUUUUGUUGGUUCCUGCUAAUCAGCUGCAUAAGGAAUGAAACAUAAGCAGGCUUUGAGUGGAUCAGAAAAAGGGGAGUCAACUGCCAUACUCCUAUCUCCAACUACUUCAUUCCCUUUAUCUGUUAUGGACGCCACUCGUCAGCCAAAUCAAAUCUCCUUCACCAUGUUUCUCACACUCCCUCUGCAAGCUUACAUUCUUAUGCUCGGUUUUACUGGCUCUGAUGUGGAAAUGGAUUUGUUCAAUAAGGCUGAGAAAUUGCUUUCGUCCUCAUUGAAUCAGUGGGGUCAAGCGUUGGCAGUGUCAGAUAGUCUUGACCCUGUCUGGGCUCAAAUUUUAAAUGAUCCAUUUCUGAGGAGACUCCUUUUGAGAUUUAUAUUCUGUCGGGCUGUGCUGGCUCUCAAUGCCUCUAGUUUCAACAAGACGGAGUUUCUCCCGGUAUGCAUCCCUCCCCUUCCAGAUAGUGUCAGCCCCACAAGCCCCACAUGUCAAUCAACAAUUUGGCAACUGGCAGAGAUAUUUGCCUCAACCAACAAGUUCAUCUUCUCAGAGGUCAUAAAACUUCCAUAGGGGUAGAACGUUGAAGUAGAAACGUUCUAUUUUGCUUUUCCAGUUUACUGACUUUGCUCCCUUCUUCUCUCUUGUUAUUUGAACAUCUUGCAUAGCCCUUGGUGGUCUCGUGUUCUCAUCAAGCUUUCUCUUUUAUCCAAUAUAGGAGUACAUAUUUUCUCUGUAACAUUACGUGGCAAGAGGAUUUUCAUGAUUUAUGCAAUAGCUGAUCUAUUUAACUCACUUUCCUCAUUCAGUGAUUAUAUUGGAUAAUUGGAAUGGUCUCCUACGAGCCUAUGACCCCAUCCAACAGGACAUACAAUUUCAUGAUUAGUAUAUAGGAACAAGACAGUACUACUACAUUUCAAGCUCUAAUGUAACACCUAAAAGUAUUACCAUAGUAUCCAUAAGUGUUACAUUUGGAAAAAAUGUAACACUUUUAGCCUAUUACAUUUGCUUGCGUUGCAUUUGACCUAUUGUAACACUUUGGAGUUCCUAAUGUAACACUAAAUAUCCACAACAUAAGUGUUACAUUUGAAGGGAAAAGUGUUACACUCAAAUAAGAUGUUACAUUUGAAUAUAAGUGUUACUUUAAUAUUAAGU